UCUAGAUAUACUCUUUUCGAUUAGAUAGCUGAGUAGCUCGGUGGUUGGAUCCACACACAACUUAAAUAGGGUGAUAACUGAUAAAGCAACUCUUUGGAGUUAGCUAGGAGAUAAAGCACUGCAAACUUGGUUUUUGAAUAAUGGCUUCUUCUACUUGGUGUCUUGUACCAUUUCUCAUUCCUUCAUCUUCUUCUUCAAUUCCUUCGCUAUGCUUCUCUCAAACCACUACCAAAUGCAUACAACGUUUCUCAUUUCCUUCUAUAAACAGAAAGGUCUCAACUUUACCCUUUUCAUCCAUAAAACGCUCCAUUACUAGAGCUGCUGAAUACAAAUUCCCUGACCCAAUUCCUGAAUUUGCUGAUUCCGAGACGGAAAAAUUUCAAAACCACCUUCUCAAUAAGCUUUCAAAGAAAGAUGUCUUUGAAGAAUCAGUUGAAGAAGUUGUUGGAGUUUGCACUGAGAUUUUCAGCACAUUCUUACAUUCUGAGUAUGGAGGUCCUGGUACACUCUUGGUUGAUCCUUUCAUUGACAUGGCUGAUAUUGUAAACGAACGAGGAUUGCCAGGAGGACCGCAAGCUGCACGUGCUGCUAUCAAUUGGGCCCAAGCUCAUGUUGACAAGGACUGGAAUGAAUGGACAGGUGGUAAUAGCAACGAGUAAAGCGUCACUUGUUGUAUGUUAAUUACUUAUUUAGUUCUCUAGCAUCUGCGAUGCACUUGUGUUUAUGUUGUAAGAGCUAAAUGAGCAGUUUUGAUAUUUAUGAUAUCUAUGCCUUAGUUUAGAAUGAUUGUAGGAGAAAAUUACUUAUAGAGAAGAGUUAAUUAUUUGCUUUUCUGAGAACAUAGUGCUUGAAGCA